CUUCUUUGUUUAACACAGCACAGCAAUAAGAUCCCACAGCUUGCAAUUCUACGCUGUCAUCUGAAUUCAACAUCAGCUGCCUUUACCCUGGUCCCUGCAAGAUGCCAGCAGCCCUGGCAGAGAACAGCCAGGUUAUCUGUGAAGUAUGGGCGAACAAUCUGGAAGAAGAGAUGAGGAAAAUUCGAGAGAUUGUUCUAAGUUACAGCUACAUUGCAAUGGACACAGAGUUUCCUGGAGUUGUUGUAAGGCCAAUUGGUGAAUUCCGCAGUUCCAUAGACUAUCAAUAUCAGCUCCUGCGGUGUAAUGUUGACCUUCUGAAAAUUAUUCAGCUGGGCCUGACUUUCACAAAUGAAAAAGGAGAAUAUCCUUCUGGCAUCAACACCUGGCAGUUUAACUUCAAAUUCAACCUUACGGAGGACAUGUACUCUCAGGAUUCCAUAGACCUCCUUGCCAGCUCUGGGCUGCAGUUCCAGAAGCACGAAGAAGAAGGGAUCGAUACCCUGCAUUUUGCCGAGUUGCUUAUGACAUCUGGGGUCGUCCUCAGUGACAGUGUGAAAUGGCUGUCCUUCCACAGUGGUUAUGACUUUGGCUACAUGGUGAAGUUGUUGACAGAUUCCAGGUUACCAGAAGAGGAACAUGAAUUUUUCCAUAUAUUGAACCUUUUCUUCCCAUCUAUCUAUGAUGUAAAGUACUUAAUGAAGAGCUGCAAAAACCUCAAGGGUGGCCUUCAAGAAGUGGCAGAUCAGCUGGACUUACAGCGAAUUGGACGACAACACCAGGCAGGAUCAGACUCUCUUCUCACAGGGAUGGCAUUCUUCAGAAUGAAAGAGUUGUUUUUUGAGGAUACAAUCGAUGAUGCAAAGUAUUGCGGGCGGCUGUAUGGCCUUGGCACAGGAGUGGCUCAGAAACAAAAUGAAGAUGUGGACUCGGCCCAAGAGAAAAUGAGCAUUUUGGCUAUUAUCAACAACAUGCAGCCAUGAUGAAGUGGUGCCCCUCGGCAGAACACGGUUACCAUAUUGGCAGCUGCUGUCCUCAACCAUUUUUCCCCUAAGUGUCUCAAACAAAAGGCAUCUACAGUCUGCAGCCUGCAGUUUUGCUGAAGAGCUGCAUCUUCAUUUGAAACCUGGAAGAGAAGAGACUGAAUUCCUAAUGCCAGCAUUUGUGGUUUGCCAUCUUUUUUAUACCACGGGCAAAAGACAAGAACCUACUGUGUAUACCUCUGGUUUUUUUCCUCUUUAUACUGUACAGAAUCUGCAAGGAAGACUUAAUGACAGAAUGUUCAGUAGAGCCAAGGGUCUGGAAAUCCAGUGAAAAUGGACACAGACAUGCACACAAAUUUGCAAAUUGUGCUUUAUAAAGCUUAUUUUAAAACUUCUGCAUGUUGUGAGGGUACCUGCUUCACCUCAUGUUUUGCUUAUUUUAUCUUUGUGUCGUCUGUGGAAAUUGCUGCCUUUGAUCACUGCAGAGGUUUGGGAAUGGGUGACAUUAAAACUGAUCC